AUGUGCCAGCCCGAUUUCGACAAAUCCUCUUUCGCUCGCCACCGUCAUUGGUGGCUGACCCCAUCUAGUUCCGAUGAGCAGGAUGUUCAAUACGUGGCUCUGCGUUACCUGACGGGUGAGUGCAAUUACGGCGGCAGAGUCACCGACAGCUGGGACCGCCGAACUCUGAUUACAAUCUUGGAGAGGUUCUACUGUCCUCCACUCGUUGAAGACGACACCUACCGCUUCGACGAGAGUGGACUCUAUUAUGCUCCUCCGGAGACGACGUACGAAGGAUACAUUGAGUACAUCAAAACGCUGCCCCUUAACCCGUCGCCGGAAAUUUUCGGUAUGCAUCCGAAUGCAGACAUCACGAAGGAUAACCAGGAGACCAACUUGCUCUUCAAUAGUCUCCUUCUGACACAGGCAAAAGGCGGGUCCGCCGCGGGAGCCUCCGAGGACGAGGUCGUUGACGGUGUUGCAGCUGGCAUUCUAAGUCGCCUUCCAGACGACUUCAACCUAGAGUUGGCUCUGCGAAAAUUCCCGGUGAAGUACGAGCAGAGUAUGAACACCGUGUUGGUCCAGGAGAUGACCCGGUUCAACAACCUCCUCAGAACCAUACGCAAUAGCCUGAAUGAUCUACGAAAGGCUAUCAAGGGUCUGGUGGUUAUGUCUCCUGAUCUGGAGAAUGUCGUGCGAUCCAUCCUCGAGUUCAAAAUUCCGGCAAUGUGGAUGGGCAAGUCUUAUCCCUCCCUGAAACCACUCGGAUCCUAUGUUAAUGAUUUUCUCCUGCGGCUCAAAUUCUUACAGGACUGGUACGAGGCCGAUGCGCCGCCCAAUUUCUGGGUCUCCGGUUUCUUCUUCACACAGGCCUUCUUGACGGGUGUUCAGCAGAACUAUGCUCGAAAGUACGCCAUCCCAAUCGAUCUGUUGACCUUUGCAUUCGAAGUCAUGGAUGAUAAGGAGUACAUGGAGGCUCCCGAGGAUGGUAAGUACACAUUGGGGCUUUAUUACAUGUGUGUUUUUCACUCACAAUUUGCAAAUUAG